AUGAAUUUGGAUGCCAUAAUUCUCAAGUCACUCUACGACUACAAGGAUGGGCGUGAUCCAAAGUGUCUCAACUUUGAGGCAGACGAGCGAUUUGCUCUUAUCAAAGAGCCUGAUGGCGCUGACUGGUACUACGUGGUAAACAGCCAGGGCCAGAUUGGAUACGUGCCCAAGCCAUAUGUCAACUUUGAUGGGCUUACUCCUCGGGAACUGCUUGCAUUGAUUGACUCAAUUGCCUCAAAAUUGGAUUUGAAAAAUCAAGACGCCAACAAGCUUUUGACUGAUCGGCAAAUAAAGCACGCACAAAUCAAACUGGCAGGAAUUCGAUGCGAAAUAACGCAAACCUUAAUAAAAGAAGAACCAAAGUCAUCGUCACCAAAGCCUCCAAUCAUCACGGAACUUUCAGCAAUAAAGGAGGAUAUUAAAAGCGAGUUGGACGAAAUGGAGUUGCCCGCUAGAGCUUGCCUUGGGGAUGACGUGAUCUCGGAAAAUCUCGUGUCAAAUCUGAUUGAGAACGUCAAACUGGACGCUACCCUGAGCGAAGACAAGGCCAUCAUUGUGGCCAAUUCUGUGAUAAAGACACUGUCGGAGAACAUUCAGCCAUGGUCUUUGGAUUGCAAGAAAAUUCUCGAAAUCAUGGAAAAAUACGUGAAUGAGAAGGUCAACAGUGAAAAUGUCUACUCAGCCAAGCUGAAGUGCAUCUUCAAGCGACUUUGGUAUUGUAAGAAUGAUACACAGCAGCGAAAUUGGCCAGUGUACGAGGAUGAAGACAUCAUCAACGGUUACAUGGAUGAGCUGCUUAGUCUGCUGCUGAACACUGACCAGCGCAUCACUCCUGACUUUUUCCUCACCACCGUUCUGCCCUCUGAACUGGCGGUUGAAAUGCAAAACUACCUUUCUGACAAGGAGCGCUGGAUCAAGGCGUCCACUCUUUUCACGCUAAUCUUUAGCUCCGGCCACAAGCCGUCGGUGAACAUUUACGAGCAUUUGAAUGAAAACUUUUUCAGUCGACAGUUUGACCUGAUCGAAGGCUUCGACAUCAACGGCCAGGCAAUAGAGUGUGACAUUCAGCCGGAAAGCAUCAUCUCGCCCAUUCUCUCCUUCAACCUGCACAUCAACGACACUGCGGAGAACGUCAUCUUCAAGGCGCUUCGAAAGCGCUCUAAUGCGAGUCACUUCACGGAGAACCUCAUUUCCUAUCUGAACUGGGAGGAGGACAUCAUACUCACCAGCUGUGCAUUUCAGCGCAACACCGAAAAUGACAGCGUCCCCAAUUCAGUGCUGAAGUUCCUCACGGAGAUGUUUGCCGACAAGGUGGUCUCUUCGCUCUUCUACUACAAUGACGUUCGCGUCAUCAUCGACAUCAUCAUCAGCCAGCUGGACAACCUGCCAGUGGGUGACAAUCGCAUCAAGAACUACCUGGAGCUGACCAAUAACAUUCUGAAGAACACACAGUACGCUGAAGAGCCGCACAAGACAUUCGAGUUGAAGAAGUGCCUGCAGAGCAUUCAACACCACGAGUUCAGCAAUCAGGCGGACAUUGUCCUCGCGCAGGACAUUUUUGAGCGCUUUCAGGAGAUUUUCAACUACGGAAAUUAA